AACUCUGUCUAUUGUGUUUAUCUUGAGCUCUCGCUCCAUAGUUGUUUCGUGAAUGGAUAAGACUUUGUGGUUAGAUAUCUGUAUCCUGUUUUCGAACAUGGACUGGAAAACAUCUUAAAUAUCAGUCAGCAUUACACAAAUACAAAUAUGAAUAAAGGGUGGCUGGAGCUCGAGAGUGAUCCAGGACUUUUCACUCUGCUGGUGGAAGACUUUGGUGUCAAAGGUGUUCAGGUCGAAGAGAUCUAUGAUCUUCAAAGCAAGUGUCAAAGUCCAGUCUAUGGCUUCAUUUUCCUUUUCAAAUGGAUUGAAGAACGGCGGUCCAGGAGGAAAGUUAACACUUUGGUGGAUGAAACCUCGGUUAUUGAUGAGGAAAUUGUAAAUGAUAUGUUUUUCGCUCAUCAGCUGAUACCAAAUUCAUGUGCCACUCACGCUCUGCUGAGUGUCCUUCUGAACUGCAGUGGAGUUGAGCUUGGCACCACCCUCAGUCGCAUGAAGGCGUUUACAAAAGGCUUCAGUCCUGAAAGCAAAGGUUAUGCAAUAGGAAAUGCCCCAGAGCUUGCCAGAGCACAUAACAGCCAUGCCAGACCGGAGCCCAGGCACCUGCCAGAGAAACAGAACGGAAUCAGUGCUGUGCGGACCAUGGAAGCCUUCCACUUUGUAAGCUAUGUGCCAAUCAAAGACCGCCUCUUUGAGCUCGAUGGACUCAAGGCUUACCCCAUUGACCAUGGACCCUGGGGUGAGGAGGAGGAAUGGACCGAUAAGGCUCGGCGGGUUAUUAUGGAGCGGAUUGGACUGGCCACUGCUGGUGAGCCGUACCAUGACAUCCGCUUCAACCUGAUGGCAGUGGUGCCUGACCGCAGGAUGAAGUACGAAUCCAAACUGGAAAUUCUAAAGAGGAAUCAACAGACAGUCCUGGAGGGUCUGCAGAAGAUGAUCCGGCUCACUCAGCCUGAGCUCGUCCAUGACAAGAAGCAGCAGGACUCUUCUCCUGAUGAAAGCUCUGCUACAAUCAAGAAGGAACCAGGCGUGGAACCGGUUACGUCCCAGGGGACUGACCAGGCUUCCUCAGGUAAUGAGUCUGGGGGUCAGACCAAGGGUGCCCCUAGCCCCUCAGGAAACGCAAAGGUUAUGGGUAAACCACCAGUCCCCACUGGGGGGGGUCCCCAGCAAGUCACCAGCCCCAACCCCAUUGUUCAACGCCUGCCCGCUUUCCUGGACAACCACAACUAUGCCAAGUCUCCAAUGCAGGAGGAGGAAGAUCUUGCGGCUGGAGUUGGUCGCUCUCGUGUGUCGGGCCCACCCAAACCCCCGUACUCGGACGACGAAGAUGACUACGAUGAUGAAGAGGAGGAAGUGACUGCUUCUGCAGGCACGUCCACCAGGUUUCGACGGAAGGCAAGCCUGCGCUCGCGAACAGGGCGGACAGCGGGUGGAAUGGAGAGUCAGAUUGCCUUAAAUGUCCUGGCAGAGAAACUGAAGAAGGAGGUUCAAAGGAAAGACGCCCUGAACACUCCUCUGUCGGUGCGCACCGAAGGCCGCACCGGGGGCAUCUGCAUCACGUCUGCUUCGCAGCCGUCCCCGACGCCCAGCAACGAGAGCACGGACACGGCCUCGGAGAUCGGCAGCGCCUUCAACUCCCCGCUGCGCUCGCCGGCGCGCUCCCAGGCCGCCACGCGCCCAUCCAGCCCGAUCGCGUCCCACCUGUCCCGUGUUCUGUUUGGAGAGGAUGAGAUGCUGAGGCUGGACUCCAGACACAACCGCGCUGUGAGGGAACUCGGCCCGUCUGUCAGCGUAGCCUUGCUGCACCUGCAGGAGGAUGGAAUCAUUUACGCUCUCCCUCCGUCUGCCGAUUUGGCUGCUGAUGGCACGAAGCGGCCUUGCACUCCCGAGAAGGCGAAAGACAAAGAGAAAGCAGAGGAAAAAGCGGGAGCGAACGAGGGAGACGAGGGACCAUCUGUGGAGGUGAAGAAAGAAGACGAGAGUAAAGAUGGAGCAGAUGUAAAACCAUGCAAGGAAAAGCUCAACGCCGUGGAAGCUGCCGUAGAUAGCAAGCCUCCCGGGGACAAGUACUCACCGAAGGAGCUGCUCGCUCUGCUCAAGUGUGUCGAGGCUGACAUCGCCAAUUAUGAGGUGUAUCUAAAGGAGGAAGUGGAAAAGAGAAAGAAAUACAAAAUUGAUGAUCAGAGGAGGACCCACAAUUAUGACGAGUUUAUCUGCACCUUCAUAUCAAUGCUGGCCCAAGAAGGCAUGCUGGCCAGCCUCGUGGAGCAAAACAUUUCGGUGCGCCGCCGGCAGGGCGUGAGCAUCGGCCGCCUGCACAAACAGAGGAAGCCCGAUCGAAGGAAACGCUCCCGGCCUUACAAAGCCAAACGCCAGUAAAUUCAAACAAUCAUUAUGUCUGUAAGUAACCUGUGAGCGCCGAGCAAUCACAACAGUGGAAGAAAAAAAAAGAAAUUGCCGCACUCCUGCACAAUGAACUGCCUUUAUUCCUUUUGGUACAGUUCGGUGUUGUAUUUUAGCCAGAGCGUUUUCCGCAUUGUAAAAUCGAUCAUGUGUUUGGUCAAUUCUUUUAUCGUUUUUUGUACAUUUUCUUCUUGUGCCAUUGCUGUCUCCAGUUGUAAAUAUGGAAUCAGGCAUGUCCCCAGUGAUGCACUGGAAUGCCUUUAUUAAAAGGUGUUCUCUAUUGUUUGUGGUCAGUGCAGUAGUUAUACAUUGGAUUAGGGAUUUCUUAAAUUCCCCUCUGUCUGUCACUAAGUACACAUUUUGAUAACCACCAAUCAUUUCCUCAGCUGUAUCCCUCUGUUAUUUUUUCACAGUGCCAAUGAAGUAUUGAAUGUUUUCUAAAAAAAUAAAAAAAAAGUGCAGUUUUAUUCACCCAUAGCAUUUUAAUCUCAGCAUAUUAAGUGUAGGAAAUUCACUUUAUAACACAUAAAAAUGUGUUUUAAUCACAUUAUACAUGGACAAUUUUAAUCUCAACCAGUCCUGAUGCAUCAGGGUUUUUCUUUUCACUGUAAUAUCUCUUCAGUCAAGGGUCUCUUGCUGUCCGUAUCCCUUGGGGGCCUGAAAAUGAAAAAAAUGAGCUUGUGUUAUUUUUGUACCUGAAAUUAAUCUUGAAACUGAGUGAAUAUUAAGUUGGACGUCUGCAGCUGUGUGUUUUGUACAUAUGUAUCUGUUGAUUGGCUCGCCGUUACACUGAAUUCAGCCGUUUUUUUUUUGUGCUUGCCAGUUCAUUCUUCAAUAAAGUAAGUGAGAAUA